AUGAGAGAGAUUAUUGAUAACAUUAAGCACGACAACAAGCUGAGAAAACAAGCUAGUGAAGAAGCAAUGGUGGUUGAGGAUUUGGCUGAAACAGUGGGCGGGUACAUUCUUAACACACAUUCGAGGAGUGAUCUUGAGGUAGAUUCGAAUUUGGAUCAACUCAUAGCGGUGUUACAGAACUGGAAUAAGGUCUAUGGGAACAUUUAUACUCGAAAGAAAGACCUGGUGUCGGAGCUUAGUAGAGUUCAAAGGAUUUUGGAGGUUAGGCGAUCAUCACACUUGGUCUCAAGCGAGGCUAAAAUACGAGGAGAAAUUGAUGAUUUGUUAAAUCAUGAGGAACUUCUUUGGUUCCAAAAGUCACGUACUGCUUGGUUAGAGAAUGAUGAUAGAAACACAAAGUAUUUUCAUGGUCGAACGAUGGCGAGACGGAGAGCUAACAAAGUUGAGGGCCUUAAAAUAGAUGAGGGGCGAUGGUGUUUCGAUGAUGAAGUGUUAAAACAACAUGCAGUUGAGUUUUUUCCAAAAAUCUUUACAAAGCAGAGACACCUGUAA